GAAAGGUUCUUGAGCUAGGAAAGGAUUACUCGUGCCUCGUAGGAAUCAGACAUGGCUUCAGGGGAUGCGGGAAGCUCACCUGAGCUGCCAGUCACAGAAUGAGUUCUGUCUCCAGCAGGCUUUGAGGAUGAAGGCUGUGGGCCUUUUGACCCUGACUGGCUGCUUGGUCACAGGCGCCGAGUCCAAAAUCUACACUUGCUACAAACUGGCAAAAAUAUUCUCGAGGGCUGGCCUGGACAAUUAUGGGGGCUUCAGCCUUGGAAACUGGAUCUGCAUGGUAUAUUACGAGAGCGGCUACAACACCACGGCCCAGACGGUCCUGGAUGAUGGCAGCAUCGACUACGGCAUCUUCCAGAUCAACAGCUUCACCUGGUGCAGACAAGGAAAGCUGCAGGAGUGGAACCACUGCCACGUCGCCUGCUCAGAAAUACAUAUGAGCACAGCAUUGAGGAUAACAAAAUACAUCAGCAUGAAUCCUGCUUUACCAAACUUCCAUGUGACAUGAAAGAAAAGAGAAUCUGUGCUUACACGAAGUUAAAUGAUGUGAGCAGGAAUGCACUGAGUGUCAUGGGCGUCAGAGGAAAGCGACAGUAUUAACAAACCAUGGAAAGUUCUGUAAACACAGUGAUAUUUGACCUGAGACUUAGAAGAUGGGAAAGAUUUGAAUAAAGAGAGAGAAAAGUUGUCCCAGGCCAGGGGAACAGCAAAAGCAAAGAGGUGCCUGUGGGAGGGUGCGGGGCAUGAACAGAGAGUAAGGAGAGGCUUUUUUUUCUGUAACAAAGUGACAUGAAGAGGAAUCACAGGAAAGGCAGGUAGAGAGGGUAAUGAUCACCUGAGCGUGAAGGGCCUGGAAAGCCAGGCUCAGAGGCUUGCACUGAUUUCUGCCUGCAAGAAGAAGCCAAGAGAGGUCAGUUAACUUAAGCAUUGCUUCAGCAGGAUCAACCUGCAGGUGGGGUGUGGGACGGAUGACAGCAGAGGCCGUUUAAGUGUCACUGUAGUUAUCGAGCUAAGUGCCACCACUUAAGUGUCACUGCAGUUAUUGAGCUAAGUGCCACCGUUUAAGUGUCAUUGCAGUUAUUGAGCUAAGUGCCACAAAAAGACUGAAUGAUGGUCGAAGUUGGUGAUAGGAGAAGACUGACGCCAGAGAUGCUGAACAGAGAGGACAGAGCUCAGUUGAAGUCAUCUUCUCUGUGCUCCCUCUAGAGUAUAAGUCCCUUGCGGGCAGAGAGUUCUGUUUCAUUCACUGAUGUAUCCUCAAUGCCUAGAAUGGUGUCUGGCCAUUGCAGGAGCUCAGUAAAUGUUUAUUGAAUAAAUGGAGAGGAUGAGGAACAAGAGUGAAGUCAGAGAGUUGUAAAAUAUUCUAUUGCAAAUUCUUUCAGGGCAGAAAAUAAUUUUAACUUCUCUUUGCCACAUCCAGGAGCCUCCACUUAUUGAAGGGGGAAUGUAUCCCAAGAUUCCCAGUUGAUGCUGAAACUGCAGAUAAUACCUAACCCUGUAUAUACUGUAAUUUUUUCUAUAUGUAGAUACUGAUGACAAAGUGCAAGUUAUAAAUUGGGCACACUAAGAUGUUAUCAACAAUCAGUAAUAAUGGAAUAAUUAUAAUAAUAUGCUGUAAUAAAAGGUAUGUAGGUGCUUUCUCUCUCUCACUCUCAAAAUGCUAUAUUAAUAAAAAUAACCAACCCCUGUUGACUGUAAAUGAAAAUUUAGAAAAUGAAGUAAUCAGUAUAUUGGUUUAAAUGUUUGAAUGAUUGAAUAACAUGUCAGUUUACCUAGUACAUUGUCCCUCCGCUAACAUUAAUAAAGAAUGAUCACUACAUCUCCUGAUUAUUAGCCCUUAAUUUAGAACAUUGCUUUGUUAGGCCAAAAUCUAUCUUUUUCUAGCCUUCUAUACCAAUCCUAGUUUUUCCUCCUGGAUUUAUUCAAAAUAAAUUUGUUUUAUGUUACACAUAAAAACGUAUUAACUGUAUGCAAAUGAUUUAUAAGUAUCUCUCAUCUCCAAUUUCUCAUCUUCUGAGCUAAAGCAUUCAGUAUAUUCACUUUCCCGUAGGCAUGACUCUUGAACCCUUCCCUGUCCUGGUCAAUCUUAUUAGCCUUCCCUAAGAGCUCACCAAUGGAGUCUUUCAGUCAAAUAUGAGGAUUAAAUGUGUGCAUUUAACUCCCAUGGUGGGCUGACCCCACCUUCCAAAUGUCCACUCUCUAAUCUCUGAAACCUCUCAUUCGGUUAUCUUACAUGGCAAAAGGAACUUUGCAGAUGUGAGGAAGGAUCCGAGCCUGGGCAGGGGAGAUUAUCCCUGACCAUGUGAGUGAGCCAAUCUAAUCUCAUGAGUCUUUAAAAGCAGAGAAUCUUGCCCAGCUGUGGUCAGAGACAGAUCCAAUGACAGAAGAAGGAAGAGAGAUUCAGAGUGUGAGAGGGUCUCAACCCACCAUUGCUGGCUGUGAAGAUGGAGUAAGGCGCCAUGAGUCAAGGUGUGUGAGUGGUCCCUAGAAGCUGGGCAUGGCCCUCAGGUGACAACCUGCAAGCAACAGGGAUCUCAGUUCGACACCCAUAAGGAACUGAACUCUCCUGAAUCCCAAGUGAGCAAGGAAAUGGAUCUUCCCCCAGAGCCUCCAGAAAAGAAAACACAUCUGUCAGCACCUUGACUUCAGCCCUGUGAAUUCCCAUCAUUCUUCUAGCCUAGAGAACU